GACACAGUCACGAGCGAGUGUCGAGUUUAGUAAGGGUGAGUUAGGCAUGUGUAGGCACGUUUUGAAUCGUCUAUAUCCGUAGGCCUUCCACGUAUGCAAACACUCAGCGACAUAUACGACCCAAAUUCGAACGCGAUCUUGUGCCGAAACUUCGGGGGAGCUAGCUAGCUAGAACUGCCCGGAUCGGAAGCCUUGGCUCAUUCACCGUUUCUGCCGGUACUCGGUAACGUAACUCAGUCUCAGUUGUCGGGAGUACAUCUCGAUUUUAAUUUUUAUAAGUGAUAAGACAAGUGCUGUGAACCGAGGACAGGUCCAGCUUAGUCCAGUUUUCGCCAUUAAAUUGCAAGUUGAGAAAACCGAAAUAAACGAUGUGGUCAAUUGCGGUACUUGUGCUCGUUGCAGCCAGUAUGGCAGAUGCUUUCUAUGUUCCUGGUGUUGCCCCCGUCGAGUUCACCAAAGGACAAGACGUCGCCAUCAAGGGAGUAAAGCUGACAAGUACAAAGACUCAGCUACCCUACGAAUACUACUCCGUGAAACUGUGCCCUCCAGUCGCCGGCAAUAUUGUCCAUGAAUCAGAGAAUCUUGGAGAAGUGUUGAGAGGAGAUAGGAUCGUCAAUACAAACUAUAUGGUCAAGAUGAAGACUGACCACAGUUGUUUGGUUCUUUGCGAGGUAGAGUUCGACAAAAAAGAAUUGAAGACGCUCGUCGACAGGAUCAAAGAAGAUUACAGCGUUCAUUUGAUUUCAGACAACCUACCAGCUGCUACUAAAAUUCAAAUAGAUAAUGAAGAUGAGUUCCAGUAUGCUCAUGGCUACAAGCUGGGUUUCGUCGCUAACAAAAAGAUUUACUUGAACAAUCACCUUGAAUUGGACAUGAAAUCACAUAAACUGACACCCGAAGGGGAAGAGUAUCGUAUUGUCGGCUUUGAGGUGCGUGCUCGUAGUUUGAAGCAUGAAACGGGUAAGAAGUCUGAAGACGAGUGCGUCGCACCACCCCCGGAACAAGACCCUCCCGCAGAAGCUAUGGAAAUAACAGAAGGAGGCGAUAAACAGACCAUAGUGUUUUCAUACGGCGUUCACUGGGAGGAUAGUGACAUCGUCUGGGCUUCACGAUGGGACACCUAUCUGGCCAUGAGCGAUGUCCAGAUCCACUGGUUCUCAAUCAUCAAUUCACUUGUGGUUAUCUUCUUUUUAGCUGGUAUUUUGACCAUGAUCAUGAUCAGGACACUCAGAAGAGAUAUUGCAAGAUACACUGAUGAUGAUGGGGAGGACACGACUGAGGAAACCGGUUGGAAACUGGUUCAUGGUGAUGUCUUCAGACCCCCUAGAUACAAGCAGCUCUUAGCAGCUCUGGUAGGCGCUGGGGUGCAGAUCCUUAGUAUGGCACUUAUAACAAUCGUGAUUGCUAUGUUUGGUAUGCUGUCUCCUAGCAGUCGAGGAGCUUUGUUGAAUGCUGCCCUCUUCGGCUUUGUCUUCUUUGGUGUGUUUGCAGGUUACUUCUCUGGAAGACUUUACAAGACAAUGAAAGGCACAAGAUGGACCACAGCUGGCUUCAUGACUGCAACCAUUUAUCCAGCUAUCAUGUUUGGAACAGCAUUCUUCCUGAAUUUCUUCAUCAUGGGGAAGCAUUCGUCCGGAGCUGUACCUUUCCCGACGCUACUAGCCCUGCUCUGUAUGUGGUUCGGUAUCUCACUACCCCUCGUCUUCGUGGGCUAUUACUUUGGCUACAGGAAACAGCCGUAUGACCAUCCUGUAAGAACCAACCAGAUUCCAAGGCAAGUUCCUGAGCAAGUCUGGUACAUGAAUCCAUUCCUCAGCACAUUGAUGGCAGGAAUCCUACCAUUUGGUGCAGUUUUCAUUGAACUCUUCUUUAUUCUAACUGCAAUCUGGGAAAACCAGUUCUACUAUCUGUUUGGGUUCCUGUUCUUGGUAUUUCUCAUUCUCAUCGUAUCAUGUGGACAGAUCGCCAUCGUCAUGGUCUAUUUCCAGUUAUGUGGGGAGGACUACCACUGGUGGUGGAGAUCGUUCAUUGUGUCCGGUGGAUCAGCAUUCUAUGUAUUUAUAUAUUCAGUCUUCUACUUCAUUACCAAGCUGGAAAUCACCCAGUUUGUACCCGCCCUCCUGUACUUUGGUUACACUUUCAUGAUGGUCCUAACAUUCUGGAUCCUGACCGGAACGAUAGGAUUCUACGCAGCUUAUUAUUUUGUAUCCAAGAUAUACAGUGCAGUUAAGAUAGACUGAGCCCCUCCCCCCCUCCCCUCCGAGUCCCUCACCGCACCCCUCAACCUUCCCUACCCAUGUCAAAUGGCAUGUGGUUGUAUAUAGUUGAUAAGUACAUGUAAGUACAUAUAGAAGUAAAUAAGGAAUUGCGCAGAGCUGACAUCAUGUUAUCACAACUAGUGUGACUAUGAUAGCAGUUCAAGUGCUCAAUUUGUCAGCUCACUGGAAUAUUGCCACUCUGAGACCUGCCUAAGACACCGUUCUCACUAACGUCCUAAAACUAGUUUAAAGCGUAAUGAGAACGGUCAAAGCGGUCUUGGAAGCGAUCUUCCAAACCAGUUUGGAAAACCACCUCGUGAUGUAGUUUUCAAGAUCGCUUUGCCUCGUUGAACUGGUUUUACCGUAAGUGAGGACACAACCGUUCUUCUGGAAGCGAUCUUCGCACAUUUUGAUGGUGCGCUACUCCACGUACUUUGUGCAGUAUGCCUACGUUGUGGUUCCAAAUUUUGCGCGAAACAUGUUGCCCCACCGAGAGCAUUCCCAUAGCAACAAGACAACUUUACGUGAAGGCUGAUCAAAUGGGAACGCUAGCAAUGCGAUCUUCCAAACUGGUUUCCUGAACCGAUUUCCAGUAAGCUAGUUUUAGAAGUAUAAUGAGAACGGUGUCUAAUACUAUUUUUUUCAACAAAUCGUAUUUUUCAUUAAACCAUUGGAAGCUGAACCCGUAUAUAUGUGGGCUGGAGUCUAUAGAAAGCAUGCAUUAUAGCAAAAUUGUUCAGCCUCCAUAGGGAUAAAUAUGAAAGUUCAAAUAAGUAAAAUGAUCUUAUUUGAAUUUCAGAUUAACACUCUGAAUCCUCAUGUAAAAUAAAAAUCCUGCUUUGCUGCAAAUCUUGGGGUUGGAGUAAAGGCCAAAUCGUAGCCAAAGGAAAAAUAACCAUGACAUUGUGAAUUACAAUUAGGAGUUGAAUUUGCUUUCAUAACGGCAGGGAGGCUCUCUCUCUCUCUCUAUGGUGUCAUCUCAAAUUUUGUAAUCAAACCAAAUUUGGUAUUGCACAGGUUGGAAUGUUCAUAUCAAAUGCUAUUUCAGGUUUCUCCAAAAGUGGAUCACGAACAGAUCUUUUAGUGUGCGCUGGGCUUUAAGUGUCAUGUCUGCCACAUUGUUUUUUAUUGAGAUUUUCGAAUAGAGGAAGGAUGGUGUUGAAGCAAGAUGAGAAAUGUUUAUUUAUCCCCCCCCCCCCCGAAUGUGUGUAUCACAAAUCAUAGACCUAAUAGUAUUAUCAUCAUUUAUUCUAUAUUCUAGAUCAGUAGAGUGUAUGCUCUCAGACAAUAGGUACAAUGUCAUGCUGUUACAACGAAACCACUAACACAGCAUAGUUGCAUUAUAAUAGGCCAUAUAACAUGUCGCUUGACCAAAUUGUAAUCCUUAAUUUGUUUCAAUGACUCUUGCAAAGAAGGCAACAUCUUGUAGUUAUAUUUAUUAUCAUAUACAACGAGAAAAGGUUAUUUAUUCAAACUUUACCAAUCCAUUAUCUCUGUAUUUACCCAAUGUGAAAACAGAAUUUAGUGCAUUGUGAUGAAGACAAGGUGUCAAUAUUUUAGUGAGCUGACAUUACAACUAUUUAUGUUUAAAUCUUAAAGAUACUUUCUUGUUUUUUUUUAAAAGAGUAUUAUUAUGUUUGGAGACUUUGAUGUAUAUUUAUCUUAUCUGUCUUCUUACCUUUAUGAUUUAGUAUAUGUACAGUAUGUGUCCUGCAAAAGAACUGUUUUUCAAUGUAUUUUUGGAAGAUCAUACGUCUACAAAGGUUUAACAUUUUGGUCAAUCCAUUAAAAGCAUGUGAUGUAAAUCUAGUAAGUAACAGUGUCUAACUAAUCACAUUUUUUGCUUAACUAAUUUCUGGUUUCUCUGAGACAUUCCCUACACACAGGAAAAAGAGGGUUAAUUCACUGCUUUUAAACCUAUAAUAAUAUCCCAGUUUAUAUUAUAGUUUGUAGUCAUGUAGAAGCAAUCCUUGGAUCUGUUAGGGAAAGAAAUCUAUUAGAGCCAUAAACAAGAUUGCAAGAAAGUUUAUAAAUGCUUAACAUCAUGGGAUACCUCGUUUCAAAACCAAACUUUUCAGGAGUUAAAAUCUUGUAGAUGCACCCUUGAUUAUAAUUUUCCCCUCCUGUUUUCGGCAUAGUUACAUGCAUAUAUAUUUGCAAACUUCGAACAAUGAAUUCAUUUGAAAAUUUUAAGCAGUGGUUAUCACAGGUUGAUAGUGGCAAUAUUUCACAAUGUGAAUAAGCAAGGAUUUUGUGAUUGGCCAUUGCUUUUUAUGACUGGUUGCAAUCAUUUGUGGUAUGAACCAUAUAUAAAUAACACUGUUCUUGUAUAGUGCACAUCGCAUUAGGAUAAAAUGUCCCUAUGCGCUUCCAAAGGAGUUGGAUAUUAUUAACCUGGAUUUAGCCCCGACACCUUUUAUAGCACAUAAGCAUUUCAAGAAAUAAAUUCCUGCCAGGUUGAUUACAGCCCACUGAGGAUCAAUUUCUUGCUGAAAAUAAAAUCAUGCCAUGGCUAGGAUUUGAACCCCUGUCCUUCUGUUUCAAAGUCAGACGACUGAUCCACUGCGCCAUAAUCCUCCACAAAGCAUGAUAUCUUGAAAAGUGAAAAAUAAAUUAAAUUCAUCAUUUAAUUGUGGCUCAUAAGGGUUUAUCGUAUGUCAAAAACUUCAGACCAAAGAAAACAUCACUUCAAGAUAAACCCAUUUUAUACAAACAAGUAAUUAUGCAUACGAAACAAAAUACCUUUGGAGGGAGGAUCUUGAAAAGCACAUGAAUGGCUUGUUGGAAAUGAUACGCGCAUAAAAGGAAUAUACAAAACAAAUGAAGAUACCGGUACAUUGAAAUGGAAAUUGGAGUACAGUAAAGAAAAUAUACAAAAUAUAUAAACGAGAAUUAAUAUUAAAAUAUGCUUUCAUAAUUAAUGUAUGAAUCAAAGGCCAUUGUUUGUGUGUUCUUCAAUUUUAUCAUGCUUACAUGUAUGUGCAAUCAGAUUGAGUAUCAAGAUUGCUAUGGGCAGGUGUGGGUGGAAUUCUGUUGUACACAAGAAUUGAUGUUUGAUUAUUCUUUGAUUAACAUAGUGAAUACAAAUUUUAAAUUUGCAUUAUCAUUAACAAACACCUGUAUGAUGUAGUAGAAGGAGUGUAGUUUAUGCAUGUGUUUAUUUUCUUCUCUUUGUCUUACAGUCUAUAGAUAUUUCUAUGUUUUGGAACAGAUGUUUUUGAAGUGGAAAACAUGACCAAAUAAUGCUAUUGUGUGUCAAAUUUUUAUACAAGAAAACAAAAUGUAUGAUAUGAAUAUUUAUGUAGUGCUCUAGAUGUAAAAUUUAACUAUUUUUUUUUUGUACAAAACUUAUUGCAAAUGAAGAAAAUCAGUAAUGUUCUACACUGCACGGGGAUUGUAUCAGUGAUCGCCAUGCUUUUUCUGGGUCCAUGAUUUUGAAGAACUGUCGUAAUCCUAGGUAUACUCACCAGGGAGUGGGGAAUGUUCUGUUCUCCAAUGCAUGGGUAGUAUUGAAGGCUUUGUCACAUUUUUAUCUAAGCCCAUGAUAUGAGGAGCAAUCAGAAUUCUCGGAAUACACCAGGGGGAGAGGUAACGAUCAUCAUGUUCUCCAUUGCAAGGGAGUAUAAGAUCCAUCGUCAUGCUUGUGAUGAGAAUAUACCCAGGGAGUGGGGAAUGUUCUGUUCUCCACUGCAUGGGUAGUAUUGAAGGCAUUUUUAUCUAAGCCCAUGAUAUGAGGAACAAUCAGAAUUCUCGGAAUACACCAGGGGGAGAGGUAAAGGUCAUCGUGUUCUCCAUUGCAAGGGAGUAUUAGAUCCAUCGUCAUGCUUGUUGUGAUAAGAAUAUAACCCAGGGAGUGGAGAAUGUCAUGUUCUCCACUGCAGACGGAUGGGGGUGUCAUGCUUUUUUUCUGAGCCCAUGGCUUGAAGAACAUUUGUAAUCCUUACACGUAGCAUACACCCCCAGGGAGUGGGGAAUGUUAUGUUCUCCAUUGCAAGGGAAUUCAAUUUGUAUGAACCAAGUGUUACCAUUUCAGGCAAUCCCUAUAGAGUUUCAAUUGAAUUUAUGUUUGAGUUAUAAUGAUAUUUACUAGCACAUGCUGGCAGUGUAUCUAUGAACUGGCUCAUUAGCAGGGUAAUGAUAUCAGCAGUUAUAAACAUUGUAUUCAGUGCUAUGUGAUUUUAAAAAAAUUAAAAAUUAUUACUGGGAGACAAACUACAUGUAGCUCAACAGAAAUUUGCUUUAAUAGGCACAUGUCAUAGUCAUGUCUUUAAUGGAGGAAUCUCCCAAGGGUGUUUUCAUUUGUCGAUCUCUAUACUCUAUCAUAGAUGGACAAGACAACAAAGCCCCAUCUUACAAAGUUACGAUUGAUCCAAUCAACUGUAACUAUGGAAAUCCAUUAGUGUCAUAAUUUUUUUCUACAGGAAAUUUGCAAAAUGUGCUUUGCAAACGAAGGAGAACACACCAAAUUGUCAAGAAAUCAAUGAAUUUAUGUAAUAUACAUUCAUAUCUAGAAUUUUUUUAAACAUGCAUUUUAUAUGUUGACUUUGCUGGCUUUCCAUAGUUGCGAUUGAUUGGAUCAAUUGCGAUUGAUUGGAUCAAUUGCAACUCUUUGUCAAACGGGGCCCAGGGAUGCAGGAAAGCUGUACAAUGAUAGUGGUUUUCCUGCGAAAAGACUUCACUGCAUCUUUCCUGCAACCCUGUUUGUUUGUCUAUGAUGAAACGUGAUGAAGAGCAAUGGAAAGACGUUUGCCAACUUCUGUGGCAAUUACACGUCUCUGACGUACAUGUAAUUGUAAGGGGCCAUUAACCUUCUUUUUUUUGCACUUGUUGUUUCAAAAAUAUAAUUAACCCUGAAUAGUAGCUUUUCUUUGCAUAGCACAUUGCAGUUUGACCUUUUUUUUAAUAUCGAUCUAGUUCAUAUACAUGUACUUUCCAAUGAAAGUGUGCUGGAGGUCAGAUACUCUCAUCGAUAACAUUAUUUGAGAACUCAGUUGCAUUUAAAUUAGUUCUGAAACUCAAAAUGUCUUCUUCCUUGUUAAGUGGGUAUUCGGCUCUUAAGCAUGACUUUAUACAAAUUGGAAUGUGCUUUGCAGCUGUGUAUUUCAAAUUCAUGAUUGUGGGACCUCAGUUGGAUUCUUAUACAUACAUCGAAGGAUAUGAUUUAUUUGUGUAAAGUUUGAUUAAACAUACAUCAGUAACAUGUAUUGUUAAUGAUGCUGAAUAUUGCUCCCCUUUGUCGCGUUCCAUCACGCACGUCUGCACAUUAUGUAUCAACAACUUGUAAUAUCCUUGUUUUGUUCAUUUUGGCUGCUUGCAAUCUCUGACAAAACUUUUUUUUCCUUUAUUUUGUUUUAAUUUAAUUUUGUUAUUUUAUUUCAAACUUAGGCUUGUCCUGCUUUAUUUGUUGAAAACAAGACGAUGCAUGGACUUUAUAUACUCAAUCUAUAUAGAUGAUUAUUAUAUUCAUUCAUAAUGCAGUAUUGUGUCAUUCUAAUUUCAUGAUUAUACAGAGGAUAUACAAUCGGAAGUGCUAUCCGAAAACAUAAUUUUGUAGUCGGCUUAGCAAGUUCCCUUAUAUCUUUCAGUGAUCUCAGUUUCUUUGAGAUGGGAUGGUGGGCUGUGUUUUUCAGUUGUAAGUCCACUGAAUGGAUAUGUAAAAAUGAUGAUAAAAUUUUUCAAGAUGUAUAUUGGUACUUCAAAUGUACAUGUAUUUGCUGAAUCACUUGUAGCAUUAAAAUGUAUGAGCCUUGAA